AAAACUACAUUUUGUUUGGUUGGGAAAUAUAAUUCCGGAGAAAUAUCAGAAAAAUAUUCUUACUUUUGUGAAGAACAAUCCAGAUUAUAAGGUUUAUCUCUGGACUCAAAUUAUAACAAAUGGUUAUAAUUUAACUGGAGUCAUUUUAGAAGAUGUAGAUAGAGAGAUGAAAGAUUAUAGCCUGAAGGAUUUGUUUGACCAAGAGGAAAAUAUUGGGGGGAAAUCUGACAUUCUUCGCUAUGAGAUAGUUUACAGAAAUGGAGGUGUAUAUUUUGAUACUGAUUCAAUCAGCUUAAAACCCUUCUUCAGCCUCCUGACAAACAGUUUCGUUUCACAAAAUUAUGAUGGAUGGAAUAAUAUUCAAAACUCUGUAUUCGGAUUUCCCAAGGGAUCCAAGUAUCUAGAGUAUGUAAUGAAAGCUUUACGGUGGAACAUCAAACAGAAUAACCCUAACGGUGUACCCUCGCGUACAGGUCCGGCUUUCUUUUCUGGCGCUUUUGUCAAAUAUAAUGAUGCAAAUAUUCAUAUGAUUCAUCAGAAGUACCUGGCUUUGCCAUUGUCAAACACCUCAAUAUCAUAUCAGACCUAUGAUGCUACGUGGAGGCCCCACUGGCACUAUACAACAUCAUCAGCUAGUGUUAGAUUAGUUAACAAUUUAAUGUCAUUUCUCAUUUUUUAUGUUUUUCUAUAACAUUUAUCAUGUUUAAUGAAUUAAUAAAUACUUUAGUUAGUUUA